CUCAUUCAGAGAUAGAGUCCGCUCCGGGAAAACAACAGCCUACCUCCUCCUGUCCUAUAAUUCGACGCAGCUGUUGGGACAGAAUAGCGGAUCGGCUACCUUCCGACGACCUGCCGAGCACUGACAAGUAACAAAGAGCUAUCAAAUUGGCCACAUGCGGAUUCUGUAAACGUUACGAUUGGUUCAGAGAGAAGAUGACUUUAACAUGAAGCUGUUCUGUUAGUUUGAUGUGACUAUUGUGCUCUAAAACAAUUACAGUUGUUUUUAUGUUCAUGCUCAAUUGUCUCUAUAGAACAAUUGUGGACACGUUUACAUAACUAAUGUUAGUGGCAUAUCUAAGGUAGGCUAUUUAAUGUAGCCUAAUCCUGGCAGAAUAGGAUCAAUAUAUGGAUUUAAAUAUUCUGCUACUGGAGUGCUAGCAUGAUAUAAUAGUGACAUUAGUGACCAUGAACAGAUCAGUCAGACACUGUCGGAGAUGCAAAUAGAAAUGCAAAUAAAUCAUGCUAUCUGCUAGAGGGGCCAGUACCUUCUUGCCUCUACUAACAGGGCUGCAACUUCACUCAAGCUCACAGCCCUGUGGUAGCAGAGUCUUGUCUGGCAUCUGGCAUUGAUAAAGGAAUCCAAAAAGCACCUCCAGGACAGUGUUAGAGCUUUAACUUUGGACUCGCCAUGACUUCCUCGGACAACGAUGAGACGGGGAGCGACAUAUCGGAGUCUCUGGAAGUCCAAGACUUCCAGGGCAACUACGGCGACUCGGCCAACUACUACAAGUCCAAGAGCUUGCCCAUCCUCAACGGGGGCCGCCUGCCCGGGGGCGAGCUGCUGCCCGAGCCGCGGAUGGUGUGCACGACGCAGACGUCCGUCAACGACGGCGACCGCAGCUCGGCGCUGAGCGACCUCCAGCAGAGGACGGACUCCAGCCUGGCCGAGUCGCCCACGCGGACGGACUUCUCGCCCUCGGCGUCCAGCACGGUGGGCCUGAGCAGCUCGGCGCGCGUGGACGCCAACCGCUCGGCGGGCGGCGGCGGCGGGGGCAAGAAGCUCGGCUUCUCCUUCGCCCGGCUGGCGCGCUUCUCGGCGCGCAAGUACGUGCAGGUGAUCCUGGCCGACUCGCGCUGCUUCCUCUUCUGCAUGUGCUACCUGACCUUCAUCCAGUCGCUGAUGGUGUCCGGCUACCUCAGCAGCGUCAUCACCACCAUCGAGAAGCGCUACAGCCUGCGCAGCUCCGAGUCGGGCCUGUUGGUCAGCUGCUUCGACAUCGGCAGCCUGCUGGUGGUGGUCUUCAUCAGCUACUUCGGGGGCCGCGGUCAGCGCCCGCGCUGGCUGGCCGUGGGCGGGGUCUUCAUCGCGGUGGGCGCGGCGCUCUUCUCGCUGCCGCACUUCAUCUCGCCGCCGUACCAGAUCCUGGAGGUCAACUCGUCCGCGGGCAACGAGGGCCUGUGCCUCAACGCCAACAACGGCAGCGGGCGCGACACGCUGGACGUGGCGUCGUGCCCGCGCGACCAGGAGGGCAACGAGCACAACCUCUACGUGGCGCUCUUCGUCUGCGCCCAGAUCCUGGUGGGCAUGGGCUCCACGCCCAUCUACACGCUGGGACCCACCUACCUGGACGACAACGUGAAGAAGGAGAACGCCUCGCUCUACCUGGCCAUCAUGUACGUGAUGGGGGCCCUGGGUCCAGCGGCGGGGUACCUGCUUGGCGGAGUUCUGAUCGGGUUCUAUGUGGACCCCAAAACCGUCGUCAACAUCGACCAGAGCGACCCACGCUUCGUGGGCAACUGGUGGAGUGGCUUCCUGCUGUGCUCCAUCGCCAUGCUGCUGGUCAUCUUCCCCAUGUUCACCUUCCCCAAGAAGCUGCCGCCGCGCCACAAGAAGAAGAAGAAGAAGAAAAAGCUCAGCGCCGCCGACGACGUGUCCAGCGACGACGAGGUCAUGAAGGAGAAGUCCAACAGCAAGGGCCAGACCGUCACCUCCUCCAUGGGCUUCGGCAAGGACAUCAAAGACAUGCCCAAGGCGGCCGUGCGGAUCCUGAGCAACAUGACGUUCCUGUUUGUCAGCCUGUCCUACACGGCCGAGAGCGCCAUCGUCACUGCCUUCAUCACCUUCAUCCCCAAGUUCAUCGAGUCGCAGUUCGGCAUCCCCGCAUCCAGCGCCAGCAUCUACACCGGCGUGAUCAUUGUGCCCAGUGCCGGUGUGGGCAUCGUGCUGGGCGGCUACAUCAUUAAGAAGCUGAAGCUGGGCGCGCGGGAGUCGGCCAAGCUGGCCAUGAUCUGCAGCGGCGUGUCCCUGCUCUGCUUCUCCACGCUGUUCAUCGUGGGCUGCGAGAGCAUCAACCUGGGCGGCAUCAACAUCCCCUACACCACAGGGCCUACGCUCACCAUGACGCACAGGAACCUGACGGGGAGCUGUAACGUGAACUGCGGCUGUAAGAUCCACGAGUACGCCCCCGUGUGCGGCUCCGACGGGAUCACCUACUUCAACCCCUGCCUGGCCGGCUGCAGCACCGUGGGCAACGACAGCACCGGGAUCCGCAACUACACGGACUGCGCCUGUGUCCAGAGCCGGCAGGUCAUCACUCCGCCCUCGGGCGGCCAGGGUCACCAGCUGCAGCUGGUCAUCGUCAAGACCUACCUGAACGAGAACGGCUUCGCCCUGUCGGGGAAGUGUGACCGCACCUGCAACACGCUCAUCCCCUUCCUCAUCUUCCUCUUCAUCGUCACCCUCAUCACGGCCUGUGCACAGCCCUCCGCCAUUAUAGUCACCCUCAGGUCUGUGGAGGAGCAGGAGAGGCCCUUUGCCCUGGGGAUGCAGUUUGUGCUGCUAAGGACUCUGGCCUAUAUUCCGACCCCUAUCUACUUCGGCGCGGUGAUCGACACCACGUGCAUGCUGUGGCAGCAGGACUGUGGCGUGCACGGCUCGUGCUGGGAGUACGACGUCACCUCCUUCCGCUUCGUCUACUUCGGCCUGGCGGCCAGCCUCAAGUUCGUGGGCUUCGUCUUCAUCUUCCUCACCUGGUACUCCAUCAAGUACAAGGAGGAGCGGCAGGAGCGCUGGCGCCAGACGCUGCCGCCGCCGCUGGGCACCGUCAGCGACAUGAUCUGCCACGCCGGCGGGCACAAGAGCCACGCGCGCACCCGCUCCUGCCCCGUGUUCACGCCGCGGCCCGAGGCAGGGGACGCCGCCGCGCACGGCUUGGGUCACCACCUUCAUCUUCACCCUCAUCAUCAUCAGCAGCAUCAGCAACAGCAGCACUACGCCGCGCCCGGAUCACUGCUGGGCUUGGGCCUCCAGCACGGCCAUCAAAACAGCUACAGUUGCCCCGGUAACGCGCUCAAAGCAAUAACCCCGCCCAACCGCUCGCUGCAGGAAGUCGCCGCCCAAAUGUGAGGGGGCAGGCUGCCGCUUUGUCGCACCUCGGAACACUCUCUCUCUCUCACACACACACUCUCUCACACACACACACACACGCAGGCAGCCUAUCACACACGGCCGUUUCUGGUUCCCGUCAUCCGCCAUGUGCCUUCGCGUCGCACUCUCCUCUUCCAAACAUGGCCGCCAAAUGCUGAUUGAUUGACUGACAGACAGACAGACAGACAGACAGACAGACAUACACACUCACACAGACAGACAGACAGACAGAAACACAGAAUCUCCCCUGACCUUAGGAGCAGUCUGGGGCAGAGCGUUUGGUGCCCGUGCUGAAAACGGCUCUCUUUUCUCGUGACUCCUCUCUGUUACAGUGCAUAUCGUUUGGUGGCCGUAGCCACCAGGAGCGUGUACACCGGGCUAACUUCAGAGAUUCUCGUUGGUUUUUUUUUUUUUUUAUUAUUAUUUGCAGUCAAACAUGUAUAUUUAAGGUGCUAAGUUGAGGGGAAGGGGGACACUGUACUUCUACGUCUGUGUGAGGUCUUGUACUGUACAUCAUGAUGACUUAUCAAACAGCUGCAUUCGAAGCACAAAAUUGAAUCCUGUACUAUGCAAGCUAUCAUAUUCUCCAGUGUUCCUCUGUGCUACUCAUAGCCGUACUGUCAUAAUUCAGCAGCAGUGUACGACAAAAGCGAAAACAACUUUCUCACGUUGAAUGUUUCUGGAGGACGGAGGAGAUAUGAUUCGUGUGGAUCAUAACGUGUGACCUAUGUUGCUCGUCAGUCCUUGUUAAUGAGUUAAGAGAUUUUCGGGCAUGAACCCCCCCCCCCCCCAAUUCACGGUCCCCUCUCGAAUCAGUGCCUCAGAGCUGCACCGGCGCUAAUGUGAGUGUGCCAGGCGGCAGCAGCAGCAGCAGACGUGGACAGCCUUCUCCAAGAACCGUACUCUUCGCCAGAGUCACCUCAAGCAUUAUUCAUAAGUGUGGAGUAACCAUCUGCUCUGAGGAGGACCUCUCUCUCUCUCUCACACACACACACACACACACACACAGACACAGACACUCAUAAUUCACACUACAUACUGCAAUGUCAUAUGUAGACACUUCUCAGUUUGAGGGUAUCUUUGCAUUGGAAGGAGCCUAAAGGGUUCUUAGCCCCAUUCUAAGAGCCUGGAGUGCAGCCCUGUGUUUGGUGCUGCACCACCCAAAGCCCUCGCUCCACCCUAAGCCCUCGCUCCACCCUACUGCUGCAGGAGAGUCUAUCCACACACAUUCAGACACACCUGAGUCUGUAGAGGUCUCAUUCAAGGAGGACUUAAAAGAAAAUGACUGGUGUUUUUUAAAAAAUGUGUCACUGAGACUGAGGAACAGCAAACGACAGAGGAUGGAUGAGCUGAAAGGCCAUCUGCACGAGUUGCUCUCGUGGACAGAACAGUGCUCCCACUUCUCCCUGAAGGCAAACAUGACCCGGGAGAAGCAACACGUGGGAAUGUUAAGUGCAUUAACUUCUAAUUAGAUCGAGGCGAGUUAGAUUGGUUCAAUUUAAAAAGGAAACCGCUAGAUGUUUUCUCCUAAUGUUUAUUUUGUAUGUUGGGUCAGGGAACAUGGCCUCUCUAUUAACAAUAUAUUCAGAUUGUCAGGGCAAACUACUGCAAAAGUCAAAACUGAUGCUAUAAUCUGCAACUGCGUCAGUUGGCUCAGCAAUGUAUUGGGCUUCAAUAAUCUUAAACAUGUCUGUAGGAGUUGCAUAUUAGUGCAUUCCACAUUUAAACUAGUGCAAUAAGCAUGCAUUCAGUAAUGCCCCAAAAAAUGAUUAUAUACAGAAAUAUUUUCAACAGAAAAUGCACAUGUGUAAAUAGUGGCUGUGAUUUGAUGCUACUCUUCUUUCAAGGUGUUCUAGCACCCCCUGCUGACCAAAGGAGAUAUGAACAGGAUGCAUCUGACAAACAUGUUUUUAUUCUGACUUAAGACAUCCCUAGGUGCGAAAGAUAUCAAUAUCAGUAUUAAUACUGCUGUAUAGGGAUAGUAGAGAACUAUGGUUUAAAGGUGUGGAUUGUAGAAGGUGAUCUUUAAAUGUGAAAAAUAUUUUAAAAAAUAUAAAAAUACUUGGCCAUUCUUGGGAAGGAUACUUUGAAGUGAGAUUGUAUGAAACUUCUGAGCCAUUGGUGUCCAGAUCACCCAAAAGAUACAAAAAGCAAAAAAGUUUAAUAUUAUAUGUGACAAUUGUGUUUGGACAAACAGUGUAUCCAGCCACACUGUACCUAGUGUGUUUAACAAGAUUUGUAUUUAAAUCCUGUUUCCUAAUGCCAUAGCAAUGUAAAUAUUUUCAGUAAAGUCUGAAACAUUACUGUAGAACUCACAUCUAGCUAGAUAUCUAUUUAAUUAACCGACUUAAUGAAUUAUAGACAGCAAAAUGCUACACAAAAGUAAAUCUCACUGGAAACUGCAUAUUCGUGUUUCUGUGCCUGAAUUACCUACAGUAUCUAUAAAGCAAAAAGUGUUGAAAAUCAUUUUGGGGAGGAAGGGUUGCCUUUUGCAAUGCAGGUGAUUGUUUCUUUUUAAACAGGAACUGCAUCUAGAUCUGUUCUUAGGAUUCCAAUCUGCUAGACAUCUGCAAGACCGUUUUGUCCAUCUGUCUAAAAUAUUUGUUACAAAAUUUGGAAACAUCUACUGUACCACCAUGCCUCCACAAUUCAUGACGAGAAAGUGACGUUUUUUUAAAAAAAUAUGUGGAUGCUGUGGAGGUGCUGUCAUCGUCUUUUGGUGGGGGUGGGAGGGGAAGUUGGGAGCUGAUGGGGCUCAAUGUGUUUGUUUGAACAACUCGUGACACAGGUGAAGUUGGACAUUUAUAACAGACAGCUCCAUAGCUCUUCUCGCGCGGCUCUACACUCUGCGGUCUCUGUACGUGUUGUGUGAGUAGACACUGUGGGCUGUUCUGGACUCUGAUCAUGUGGAUUAUUUCAGGUAGACUGUACAGUAGAGUACUUUUCCCUCCUCUUUCAUUUCUAUCAAUAUUUUAUGUAUUUAUUUAAUUACGAGCAGAUGUAUUCAAAAGGUGAAGCUCUUGCUUUGUGUUCCUCAGGAACAUAAGUCGAUACAUCAUUUGUGAACGGUUUGUUUACAAAAACCUUGAAUACUUGAUAUUUGUCAUUAA